UUGAUUCAUUGUCUCUAAACAUUCUAUCAUCGUAUUCACGAGAGCCAAGACGAGCGCCUGUGGAGUUAUCUGACUUCGAGCCUUCUCAAAAUCGAAGGUCAAGACGGCGAUGCAACCUCACCCGUACCUCGUAGACGCGCGAGCAAGGCAUGAGCAGGGCAUACGAGGCGGGCAUGUUUCCCAAUGAGGCAUGUUGUAGCUGUGUUCGCCAUUGAACGAUGCAAUUGCGAUGCCCAUGUUCAAGUCUUUUGCUUAUCUCGUGGGGGGAAGCAUUGACAUCGUUGACGAUUCAGCAGUCUACUUCCUCACUCAUGUAUGCUGGGCCUGAGGCGAUGUUCUCCAAGUUUAUCGCGUCUGUUACACCACAGACUGGUACGGACCGGAAUGGAAAACGACCUUUGACUGCUCUUCCCCGUGAGGUGAAUUCUGAGGAUGAGAGAGAGAGGGAGAGACAAGACAAUCACGGGAGCAGGAGGUAGUCUCCCUUGGCAUGCAAGAGCGCGCUGCAGCUGCAUGUUUCUGUCACCAUUCCUCGUAUCGCCCACGGGCAGGAGCACCAGUCGAG